ACAAUGGAGGUGAAGGUGUCUGUGGACGGUGUCCCACGUGUGGUCUGUGGAGUUACAGAGGAAACAACAUGUCAAGAAGUGGUUGUAGCGUUGGCUCAAGCACUGGGUCAGCCUGGUCGCUACAUGUUACGGGAGAAAUUCAAAGAGUUUGAGCGGUGCAUGACGCCGAGCGAGAGACUGCUGGAGACUCUCGAGAAGUACGGUGAACAGGCCAGGGAGGUUCAGCUCACCCUGCUCCUCAGUGGACCCCCCGUCUUGGAUGAGAUGAGCAGAACCAACGUUGGCAGGUACCAGCCUUGUCCACCACUGAGAAGGAAAGACGCAGGAGCUAGGAUGCGGCGUGGCAGUGGUUCACUGAGUUUGCAUCGCCAAAGCUUGCCACCGUUGCCUUGUUUGAGGCACGAAGCGGAGCAGCCAAAAGAGGACAUAAAGAGACCGAAGAGAAAGUCUCUGACGCUCAUGGAAGAGGCCUGGGAAUGGCUGGAGAAUCUGGGGAAAGGAAAGGUCUACAGCACAGCAUGUGAUAAAGACAGAAGCAAGAAGUCGGAUAAAAAGAACCGCACUUCAUUAAAUGUUUUGCUCACUCCCGACAAAGAAAACUUGGGUAGUGGAAGCAAAGUCAGAGGUCAGAAAGGUUUAAUGUCGGACUUGGACCAUCAAACAUCCUGCUGCAUUGGAAGUCAGACGAAAGGUAAAGCAAGCAAACACAGCAAGAAAAGACAAGAGGCAAAAUCUUAUGACCGGAACAGUUUAAGCAGUGCGAUCAUUGACGAUGAGAGAAACCGUCUAAAAGAAACGGUUUUAAGUCAGCUCGGCAGUUUGCAGGAUUUAGAAGCCCAUAUAGCACGUGUAGACAAACAGAUUCUUGAGCUUGAGGAAAAGCAGAGGGCUCGAAGGGCUGAGCAGGAAGCCCAGCAGAGAAUGGCUGAACAGGAGAUUGAGCAGAUCAUGUUUUGGGAAAAUGAAUUAAAGGCAGAAGAACGUCAUGAGAAAGACUUGCAAGGUCAGUUCCUUCAGAUUAAGGCGAAAACUGUCGAGUGCAAGGCCAUGCUUCAGGAGCACAAGGACAAAAUAAAGGGGCUUCACUUUUUUGGCCCUCAAAAUGUUGUGGCAAAAAGAGAGGAUUUAGAAAAGGUUGGUGCAAAUGCUACCACCGAGGUUUCAGCUAAAGAUGCAAAUCAGCAGCCAUCUGAUCGAGACAGGGGUUUAAAUGUUAACAGGAAGUUCCUGCACAGAGACGCCUCCAACUCUCAUGUUCUCAUUUCUCCCAGCCACAUUAAGGAGCGUCGGCCCACGGGACCCACAGAGCUCCGAGAGUGGUGGAAGCGCUGGUCUGAGGCCCGAAACGCUCACUUACAGGCUAAACAGCCGAUUCACCGCUCUGAACUUACUGUAUAUUUGGGCAGCACGAAAGAUGAGAAUAAAGGAAUGAGGACGAAAAUGAAGGAGAACACUGAACUGUGA